CAAAGCACCGAGCAUCCCACGCACAGGCAGGCAGGCAGGCAGGCAGGCAGGCAGGCAAGAGAGAGCCGGUGGCUGCAGAGGGGGGCAACCUGAGUUGGAUUGAUCCAUGUCAUUAAUUAUAGAGAAGGAGGGGGGUCUGUCAGAGAGGAGCUUCUUCAGCGAAGGCUCCAGCUGAGCCGUUUACUCCUGACGCUUCUGUUUUUGUCCAGGACAGCACUUUACCGCUCGCCAUCCAGGAGUGAAAUCGCACGCGCCCAGGAAGUGAAUGUAAAUUGAGUGGGGGGGAAAUAAAAAGGAGGAGGAGACAAGGACACGAGGCUGAUGAAGCAGGAGCUUAGCGCUGAGGAGAAGAGAUUACAUUAUAAGAAAGGGACCGUUUUUUAUCACAUUUGUUUCACACUGGCGGAAGACCGUGGUGGAGUACAAAUGGCAUCGCACAGCACUGAAUAGUGCAUUGAUCAUCCAUCAAAAACAAACCCCACGCUGCUGUGCUCGUAGUCUCGGCAUGGACCCCAGUGGGGAUGGAGAAGAGGGCUGGAUGGAGGACCAGUGGGAGAAAUGGCUGACCCACGAUAUCAGUCUGGAUGAGUUUGAGGAUGAGGACCUCUCAGAGAUCACCGAGAUCACAGAUGAGAGAGGCAUGAGCCUCAACUGCAACAGCCAGCUGGACAUCAAGGCUCAUGUGAUGAGGGGAGCCAAUAGUGUCCACAGUGGCAUGGGGAGGGUGGAGGCAGGCGCAGUCGGACACAUCCAGGCAGAAAUCCUUCACUUGGAGCUGAUAGAUGCUGCCGACGGGAACUGCGAGCAGGAAGUCCGUCCAGCCGCCACCAAAGCGCCCGCCAAGAACCCAGCACACGCCGCCAUGGAUACCUACCGGCCCAAGAGACCUACCACACUCAACCUGUUCCCACAGGUGCCUCGCACACAGGAUAAACUGAACAACAACUCCUUUGGGAAGAAAUACAGCUGGCAGGAGCUGGUCUCUCGCUCAUCCUCCCCCCUCAAAACUGCCGAGCUAGGCGAGCAUAUCUGUCUGAGUGACGAGGAUCAUCACGGACGAGGAGGAGGGGGCGGGACACAGACGAAAGACUGUGGCACCUCGACUGACGCCCCGCACAAACGCCCCACCUCCUCCAAACACAGCCACGCCCCGGCCCCUCCGCAGGCCCUCCCCCCGGACCCUCCUGCCAAGGCCUCGGCUGCGGGCGAGUCGCACCGGGAGCGGAUCCGCUACCACACGGACGUGCGCCUUGAGCCCACCGAGGAGAUCUACCUCACCCCCGUGCAGCGCAGCUCCGAGCCCCUGGAGCAGGAGCGGCCGCCCAUGCUGUCCCAGACCGCCGAGCACGGCCGCAUGUCCAUCGGCUCCGACAACGAGGGACCGCCGCCCUACCAGCCGCCACUGUACGACCACGGCAACCCCGUCAUCAGCGAGCGGGACGAGGAGCUCUUCCCGCCCUCCUAUGCCUCCUGCGUGGCCUCCACCGCCGCGCUUGACCUGAGCACCAGGGACGCCAGGCUGGCCGCGGAGCUGAGUUACGUGGACGGGGAGGAUGUGGAGGACGAGGAGGACGGGGUGGACGGGGUGGAUGGGGCCGGUGAAGCCCAGGCCCGGGAAGAGGGCUUAUCUCAGGCCUUCAGGAACUCUGCUCCUGUGGCCCGGACUGCCAUGAGCAGCUCGGAGGCGAGCGGGCUCUCAUAUGACUCGGUCAAGUACACGCUGGUGGUGGACGAGCACGCUCAGCUGGAGCUGGUCAGCCUGCGGCAGUGUUACCAUGGCUACAGUGACGACAGCGACUCCGCCACCGUCUACGACAACUGCGUCUCCUCGCCUUACGAGUCGGCUCUCGGGGAGGAGUAUGAGGAGGACGAGGAGGACGAGGAAGAAGGGGCGCGGGUGGGUGGGGUCAGACGGGAGGCCACAGCGCGCCUGUCAGAGGACUCCACCCCCGAGGCGGACCUGCCCUUCACCAAGAAGUUCCUCAAUGUCUUCAUGAAUGGCAGAUCACGCUCUUCCAGUGCAGAGUCCUUUGGCCUCUACUCAUGUGUCAUUAAUGGAGAGGAGAGAGACCAGACUCACAGAGCAGUGUACAGGUUUGUCCCACGCCAUGACGAUGAGUUGGAGCUCGAGGUGGACGACCCCCUGCUUGUGGAGGUGCAGGGAGAGGACUUCUGGUACGAGGGCUACAACAUGCGAUCAGGAGCACGGGGGAUCUUCCCCGCGUACUACGCCAUGGAGAUCACCAAAGAUUCGGAGCAGUUUAAAGUGUUCCCAGUGAAAAGCAGUGAUUGGGUGGAGAGACACAGGCUGAAAUUCCUGGGAUCAGUCCAAGUGCCCUAUCAUAAAGGCAACGAUGUGCUGUGUGCAGCUAUGCAGAAGAUCGCCACCAAUAGGAGGAUGACAGUGCAGUAUAACCCGCCCUCUUCCUGUAUCCUGGAGAUCAAUGUGAAAGGAGUAAAGCUUGUUGUACAAGAAGACUAUGGAGCCUAUGAGAGUGAAAAUCCAUGUAAUCACUUCUUCCAGCUGAAGAACAUUUCUUUCUGCGGUUACCAUCCCAAGAACAACAAAUAUUUCGGGUUUAUCACCAAGCACCCAGCGGAUCAAAGAUUUGCUUGCCAUGUAUUUGUGUCAGAACACUCCACCAAGCCUCUGGCAGAGUCUGUGGGGAAAGCCUUCCAAUUGUAUUAUAAGGAGUUUGUGGAGUUCACGUGUCCCACUGAAGAUAUCUACCUAGAAUAGUCCCAACUUACCUUCUUCAGAAGCCCUGUACAGCCAUGUGUAUCAUAACAAUGUUGCAUGACGGACAAAGAGUAACAAAGACAAAAGAACAACUAACACACUUGACAGAGCAGGACAGAUGGAGACAGACAAGGACAGAAGAACUAAAGUCAAAAGGGACGCGCCCUCUAUCUAGCACAGUCACGUAGCCUAUCAAGUGUCUUUGUGCGACAGUCAUCACACAAGCUCUUCUAUAGGUGGCCUCUCUAUCUCCCCAUCCACCUCAAGCAAGCACAAGAUACAACAGAUAGGGGGGAGCGUGUGCAAGGCGGACGCACCUUCAACCAAGAUUGUAAUGACAAGUGGAACUAGGGUGUGCAGUUUUGAGGUGAUGGAGACCAGAGGUUCGUCUCAAGGGUUGACCUACACAUUGAUUUUAUUUAUUUGAUUUUGUUGUUGUUUUUCUUUUCGUCUGGUUCGUGUUGAAACGACUUGGGAAGAGGCCCCACGUACGAGCGAGGAAGAGGCACACGCGUGGGUUUGCACAGUGAGUCGGGGCAGAGUGAUGGGCUCUCUCGUUUUUCCUCUAGGCAGAGUUGAGGACCCCCUGAAGGAAGUAGUGCAGGCCUACAGUUUCAGCUACUAGAAGGGGGUGGGGGGGGGGGGGGGGGGGGGGGGGUCGGUGGUCUGAUUGACUGGAUUUAAAUGAUCCUCCUCUGCAAACAUCAGUGGUUUAAGUCUAAGUAGAUUACGACGCAGAAGGAAAAGCCUUAACUCACUUGUUUGAAGGGAUUGUUUUGCCAACCUACACUGUAAUCACCCCAGAAAGCUUACGGUCACUUAAUUCCUUCUUUGACCCUUGUACUGAUUUUGCUCCUGACACAAAUAUCAAUCUGUCAAUGCCAUUGAGUGGCAGAGCCAUAACUAUAACCGUAACUCCUCUUCAUGCGGACGUGUACAUCUGUCCUAGACUGACAGCAAACCUUGUGGGGUGCCUCACUCUUGCCUGGGAAAGCACAAAGGAGACUCCUCUGUGUCUUUCAGAACAUUCACAAGUAGUGCCUCUUUUUCUUAACAUUACUCAAGCAACCCAUUUUUAUGAUUUGAAUUCUGGUUUGUAUUACUGAGUUAGUUGUUCUGAGAUGUUUGGAAGCAUUGGGCUCUGUUUUUGUGAAUGAGUUGUUGAGUGCUAGACAAUGCUGUGCCAUUGACAUAUUUGGCCUCUGUCAUAGGAAUUACAUGGUUACUGUAACAUCUUAACGAGGACCUGUAACACAAUGUAUUGUUCUAUGAACUGUAAAUGUCAUAACAGCAGAGUAAAUGUCAUAACAGAGCCCUUUUGUUUAUUGGGUGCUGGCUUUAGUAUUGAAAUGCUAUUUGAUGCGAGGGGACCAUUAACCAGCUUUUGGAAAGCUAACAAUGGCAUCAGCAGUGAAUGCAGGCUGCAGAAACGGCCUUCCAGUGACAUCCUCUUUUUAAUAUUUAGUGUGCUAACGAGUUCUGUGAGCACUGAGUGACUUUGAAAGUUAUCUCGAGAUUCUUCUCCUGAGUAUACUUUGAUGAAGGGUAAAGUGCAAAAGUGAAAUAAGUUUCGACUCCUAGUAUUACUUUUUUGGCUUUGUCAAAACAAAUUCCUUUAUUGAGGACGCAUAGCAUGAAAUGAUCGACCACACCACAUGUUCCAUCUUUUUCUUUUUGUCCCGCCAAAUACAUUACCGAGAAAAAGAAGCAUUGUUCUGUUUUUAACGAUAAAUGAUUCAAUGAGUGGACGGUAAUGUUUCAGGACAGUUGGUCAGGGUCUCUUGUUCCCAGAUCCGCUACUGCAGACUAAUUGAGGGAGCCCCCCAGUUCCCUAUUAUUACUGACCAUCUGAAACAUCUGCCCAGCCUGUGAAUCAUCAUUUUUGCUCGUACAUUUCACAAAAAUCCUCUCAAGAAAUCGCUACUGAGUAUCUCAACACAGAGGCAUUCUUCUGUUUUCCAUGUGAAAGAGCGUAAUUAUUCAACAGGGGAAAUAGGACAGGGAGUCAUCUGAGCAGAUGUCUGUGCUAUUGAUGGAAAACGAAUCUGUUCAAAAUAGCCAUCUUCCCCUCCCCCAUGGGAAUGAUAUCUCUGGCUAUAAAUACAAUUGCCCAUCUUCCUCAGUGUUCAAAGAUUUUUUAAUGAAUGCAAUGAAAGGCUAAUAUUUUUAAGACUUGUUUAUUUCGAGAAGAUAUUAAGAUUUUUUCAAAGGAUUUUAUUUAUUUUGUGCAGAACUUCUAUUUUCAUUGGAUUCAAAUGUUUAUUUUCAUGUUAACUAACACUCUAAUGUGAAUUCAAAUGUACAGUAGACAUGUAGUGGGCUGAAUAAUGAAUGAGCUGAAUAAAGGAAAAUCACUCAACCACAACUCAUAUUGUACCACACGAUAUCAAAGGAGGUGGCAUUUUGACCUAGUUUUGGGUACACAUGUAAUGUUUUCAUCCAUUAAAUGACCGGUGGCUUCCAGACAAACCAAUGAACACAUUCAUGAGGCUGUCGGAGCAAUGGCUCUAUCAGGUUUACUGUAAUGCAGCAUCGGAAUAAAACAUGUUUUGUGCAGAAACAGUACUGUAAGAGCAUAUCUCUACACUGUAGUAUUUGCUGUUCCUAUCAAACUACCUAAUCCCUCAACUGAAAAUAAAUAUUGGAAUCCAAGAAA